AGUUCAAACUUUGUUUCUAUGAUCCAUCGCAUAUGUUGUCUUCUUGGAAAGGCAAUGACUGUUGUGAAUGGAGAGGAGUAGGCUGUGACAAAAAUAAUGGAUAUGUUAUCUCACUUCAACUCAGGGGAUCAGCAUUUACUAAUCAACAGCCUCAAUUGUGCUUGAUUGACAAUGUAGAGGAGGUUGGUUCAAGUUUGCUCAAGUUGAGAUACUUGGAACAGCUAGACUUGAGCAACAAUAAUUUUAGCGGUAAUCUUAUUCCACCCUCCUUUGGCUUGAUGAAGCAGCUGAAGUACCUAAAUCUCUCUUAUGCGCAGUUUAGAGGAAAAAUUCCUAGGGAACUUGGAAAUCUUACAAGGCUUCAUGUCCUUGAUCUUUCUCAAAAUUAUUAUGGGGGAUUGAAGGUUGAUGAUGACAUUCAGUGGAUUUCUCAUCUCUGCUCUUUGCAACGACUUGAUAUGAGUAGAGUAAAUCUAAGCCAUGCCUCAUCAAACUUGUUCCAGGUACUUGGCAUGCUUUCUUCAUUAUCAUGGUUGAGUAUGUCAGAUUGUAGUCUAAAAAAUUCUCAUAUUCCAUCUCACAACCACCUCCUUAAUUUUACAUUGCUUGGAAAUAUUCAACACUUCGAUAUGUCGUAUAACUUUUUUCAUGGUUCAAUGCCUAUUUUUCUCCAAAAUAUGACUUCAUUGACAUUUCUUGAUAUGAGCGGAGUAAGUCUAAGCCUUACAUCAUCAAACUUGUUUCAAGUACUUGGCAUGCUUCCUUCACUAUCAUGGUUAAGUUUGUCAAGCUGUAGUCUCACAAAUUAUCACUUUCCAUCUGACAACCGUCCCUUUAAUUUUACAUUGCUUGUUAGAGAGCAUGUAUCUUUCUGGGAAUCAACUGAGGAGUAUUCCAGACAGCAUCGGGCAACUUUCUAAGUUAGAGAGCAUGGAUCUUUCUAGGAAUCAACUGCCGAGUAUUCCAGACAGCAUCGGGCAACUUUCUAAGUUAAAGAGCAUGUAUCUUUUUGGGAAUCAACUGAGGAGUAUUCCAGACAACAUCGGGCAACUUUCUAAGUUAGAGGACAUGGAUCUUUCUGGGAAUCAACUGAGGAGUAUUCCAGAUAGCAUCGGGAAACUUUCUAAGUUAAAGCGCAUGGAUCUUUCUUGGAAUCAACUGCCGAGUAUUCCAGACAGCAUCGGGCAACUUUCUAAGUUAGAGAGCAUGUAUCUUUCUUGGAAUCAACUG